GUCCUCUGAAAACAUUCUUUUAUUCCAUUGUCUCCAGCCAUGUUGAAAUCAAUGGUAACUUUAACCUCUUAUGAAGUAGAGGCUUAAAACUCAGAAUGAGAAAUGUCCAAUGCUAUGUAACAACUCAAUGUAACUUCACCAUAUACAUUGCCUAUGUACUUUAAUAUUUCAGGAUGAUAUCGCCAACUGAUUUAAAGGCAGGACUAGACCUUUUGGGUUCAAUAUUCAUCAAAACAUAAAUAACAGAGGAAUAUUGGCACCGAUUUUCUUUCUGGGAUUACAGAUUCAGGACUUAUUUUUGGAGCAUGUUUUGAAAGAUUCUUUCUACAAAAUAUAGAUGAGAUGAGGUCAGCAACCCACAACAAAUAUUUGAUAUGGAGAAACACAAUGAAGAAAUGGAGAUGGUUAAUGGUGAAAGGGCAGUAACUCUUACUAAUUCUGUUAAUGGAAAGAAUAUGCAAGGUGUUGGAGAUGUUUUUGAUAAAGUUCAGAAUAACAACAACAUGACUGUAGGCAAUGAAGAAAAUGGUGACAGACCAAAAACUCCACUUAAAGAUGGUCAUUUAGUUACUCAAGGUGUGAAAAAUAAAUCUGAACUUUCUCAGAGACAAGGAGAAAAAAUAUCUCAUGUGAAAAAUAAAGACGAUGUCAAAACUGACAAAGAAAACAUUCUCACAAAGUCCCCUCCAGUCAGAAUGUUAUCCAAUGAAAUGUUACGUCAUGUCGUAACUAUCCCCAUGCAGAAGAUGGAAGAGGGGGAUGACCUUGGUAUCUAUGACGACCCAGGAGAAUCUGGGGAGGACUUGGAUGAUGUGGAUGGACCGGAUAAAUCCGAAAUUAUCCUUCAAGAAACAGGAGUCGAAAAAAAUAAAAUGCCCCCGCCCAUCUUGAGAAAUUCUGCUAUCAAACAUCCACCCGAUGCUCCAAGACAGGAAAACAUGAGAUUUUCCGAAAAUUCUGUGAAUUUCAGGGAAGGUUUGACUGCUUUUGAUGAGAAUGCCAAUCGCGUGAGCUGGUCAGCUAUUAACAAUCAUUAUGAUGAAGCCAGACAUUUAUCAGGGAUACGGGGGAAGGCCAACACUCCAGCAAGUUUUAUCACAGACAUAUCGUCAGAAUCAAGAAACACGUCUCGUGUUCCUUCGGAGUCACGGGAGGCGAUGUAUAGGAGAGCUAUGCAUCUGAUCACGGCACGCUGUACCAGUACCGCCCCGGGAAUGGAGACCCCCUACGGAACAGCCAGGACGUCUCCUUUUGGGGUACAGGUCCCCCAGUAUUUCUACAUCAGACAGGAACGCCCCACCCCAAUGCCACCACUGAAGGCAUGGCAAGGUUACAAUGGCAAUGUGUACUUUGAACCGAUUCAAAUCUCCAGUCUUCGAGAGCUUCCUGAAAAAUCAAACAACCCGUACGAGACCCGAUCUUCGAGUGAUCUUCAUCGCAUGCUGAUGUCACAGCAACAGUCCAGGCCAGAAAGUGACGCGAUGCGGACGACGUCCAGAAACACGGCUAAAACUGGCAGUAGUCAGAAAAGUAAUCGUCCGAGCACCACCAAACAGGUGGUCUUGCUGGACAAGAAAACAGUGCUCAAUCGAUAUAAUGACAGCUUGAAUGAUGAUCUUGACGUCAUCGAGGGGACGGAACACACGGGGAGUCUCUCUGUACGACCAAAAAGUGACAGAAGCUUUGACCGAAGGUCCCAAAACAACAACAACAAAGUUUACAACAAGGAGAAAAUCUGUAAGGGUUCUGUGGUUCAUAAGUUAAAUGUGGCAAACAAGCAACAUAGCGGACGGCCUGUGUUAAAAGUGAGUGGCGGAAAAUAUUCCAGUCCUCCCAAUACGUCUCCGUUACUACGCACGCAAACCCAGUACUCUCUCAGUAACCAAAGACUGACUACCAAUAGUCCCGACAUGUACAGCCAACAGUUGUUACCUCCCCUGGAACAGCUGCGAUCGGCGGUCAGACACAUGGAUACCAUUAGUAAAGACAGGGUGGGAUUCAGUCGAAUUCGACCUGUGACCUAUACGGAGGAAUUCAAGCCUUUCAUUAAAUAUAAUCAAGAAGCAAAACAACAAACAAAUUUUGUAUGACACUGUGUCAUUUUUCGUCAAUAUUUUUCUAAAAGCGUCCUCGUAUUGACCAAAAGGAUCAAAGACUUCCACUCAAAGUACAUGUUCUGUGAUUUUGCAUUUAUCUCUGUUUUCGUUGUGUUCUGUUUUGCAAGGAUUUCAGAUUUGUUGAACUCCGUCCUAGUUCUCUGACAGGAAGAGAAAAGUACGAGGUUUAGUAAAAUUUAUGUUCAGAUUAAGUUAAAACCCUCCAAGACUGUGAUGUUAUAUAAUGAAUAAGCUUCUUUAGCUUUUAUGAAGAUAUUUAAAAAUAUUUUUAUUAGAUAGGUGAUACAUCUAUUCAAACUUGGAAUUAGAGUCUCUAUUUUUUGAUAUAUAUUU